AUGGCUACCAACGGCUUCACGUCGCCGUUUCCAACAUCUCACGACACACUGGGCGCUUCGUCCCUCAAUACGCCCAUCUUUAUGCCCUCGUCACCUCCCGGAUUGGACUCAGUUUUACAUGCUAAGAAGCCCAGUUCGUCUCGCGCCUUGGCUGCAAAUGCUGCCCGUCGAAGAAAGCUGAGGUCCUCGAAGAAAACCAGUUCGCCAGAAUCCAGCGAUGGAAGCGAUUCUGACGCCAAUCUUGCAGAUUACACAUUCGAUAUGAGCAGACUCUCAGAUCAUAAAUCUGAUUAUGGCGAUGGUGAAUUGCGUGAAGUGCGCGAGGCGCGUGCAGGGGCUUUUUCAGAGGAGAAACGGGAUGCAUUUUCGGAACUUGGGGGUCCGCGUGAUUUUACGUUAAAUAUGGUGGAGCUUGUCAGAGGAACAGGGGCCCUUAUGGGUAAUGACGGGGAUAACGUGUCAAAGAUGGAACCAGCGAAAACGCAGGGAGAAGUGCCCCUCAAUACAGUCGUUGCGGAGCAGACGAUAAAUGACUACAGUGAGAUGGACACGCCUCUUGAUAUGUCGACACCAGCACAUGUUCUUCCACGACUAAAUGCUAUUUCGAGAAGCAACGCGCCCUUGGACAAAAUUGAUGAGCCUUCCUCGAUACAAUCGCAAGCCAGCAAACAGGCUCUGACACUUGCGGAUCCUGACCAACCAAAGGAGCAGUCUACUUUGGAACAUCGAUUUCGCGAAGAGAUAAAGCGGCUCCAGCAGGAAUUACUCAGGAAGGACGAAACUAUCGAGGCGAAUAGAAGGAAAAUUUUGGAGUCAGCGUCAGCCGCUCAACAAAUUAAACAUCUGCAGUCUGAGCUUAGGAAGAGAAACGACGCACUUAAAGAGAAGGAUGCGCAAUUGUCUGCUCUAGCUGGCCAAUACGAAGAAAUAGAAAAUUUACGGAUUCAGCUACAGCAAAAAGAUGAACAACUUGAACAACAUGAAGCUGAUGCUUUGACAAUAAAAUCCCUCCAGCAACAGUUGGAGCAACUGCAAAGCAAGGAUUCUCGGAAAGGUGCCUCCGCCAAUAGGAACGAAGAAGACCCUCCUGUGCAGACGAAGCAAGAAAAUAACGCCGCUUCCGCAAAACUUAGUGAGGACAUUUCAAACAAGGAUGCUCAGCUGAAACAACAUGCAGCAGAGAUCGACCAGCUGAGAGCCACUCAAGACGCCCAGUAUCUAGAAAUCGACAAGUUAGACUCUGAACUUGAGACCGUGAGUCGUGAAUGUGAAGCUCUGGAAGAAAAGAGCGAGAGCCUUCUCAAUGCACUCCGAGAAUCCGAAUUACGAAACAAUACUCUCCAGUCCGAAUUGGAUAAUGCAAAUUCAGAAAUCGAUUCACAAUAUAAUGCAGUGAAAACUUUUGCAAACGAGGUAUCUAUCGAUAUCAGAGUAAAUAUGGCCUUUAGUCAAAUUUUCGAUGCGAUUAAGGGAGUGUACCAUGCAAAGAGAGUGGCGUCCCUGAACGAAGCGACAAAAAGCUCCGAGCGCAUUCGAGCCUUGGAAAGAGAACUCAGCGAGGUCCGAUUACAGCUACGAAAUUCUUUACCUUCAGACCGCAUGCAGACGCUUCAACUUGAAGGCACACGCCAGGAGCUCUCCGAGUCGAGAGCCCUCACAACAGUGCUUCAAGGCGAGAUAUCUCGACUAUCUUCCAAGAUUGAAUCAAUAAUAUCCGAACAAACCAAAUUGCAAGAUACCCUCUACAAAACCACUCAAGAGCGAGAUAGGGCACUAUACACCGUUGAUAAUCUCCGCAACCAUCAGGACGUGACCGAAUCGCAGCAACUCAGUCCUCCUACAUCCCCCGCUCUUCAACCAACUGGCAUCGGCUCGCCGAAAUGUCCAGUUGACCACGACGCCCUCCUAAAAUCCCACCAAUCAGAGCUGAACAGCGUGCAUUCCGCCCACGCCACAGCCCUUUCCACCCUCCGCGACUCGCACUCAGAAACAAUCCGCACCCUCCAAAACGUCAUCUCCACCUCUCAGACGCGCGAGGCCAAGCUCAACUCAGAUAUUAGCCAGCUGCGCACAUCGAUUACUUCCCUGGAGCAGCGCGUUGCUGAGCUAGUGACUGAGCAGGAACGCCUCGAAUCGAUUAUUGAGGCGAAGGAUUCAGCCGCCAAAGCUAUUGAUAAAAAAUUUGCUGGCGUCCUGAAGAAGAGGGAGGAGGUGUGGGAGGGGCGAGUGGAAGGGUUGCUGAAGGAUCGGGAACGGAUGGGGAAGCUUUUGAUGUGGACGUGGGGCGAGAAGGAAGUCGGGGCGUCCGCGGGUGCUGGUGAUGGUGCUCGUGUUGAUCUAGCUACACAAUAG